AUGCAUCACUUCAUUCUUGUCGCUUCAGCUCUGGCCGCUGGUGUCCUCUCUCAUCCGCACAUCCAUGCAAGGCAGCCGGGAGUUGUCUAUGAGACCAAGAUGAUCAUACAGACGGUCGUCGUCACGGUUACUCGAGGCUACACUCCACCGACAUCCACCUCUUUGGCCCUAUCUGCUACCGUUAUCGAUAGUCCCAAGGACACUCCAACCCCGGAGCCGAAGCCCCAGCCUGCCCCUAAGCCUGAGCCCUCGACUUCCAAGGUUCCUGAUGCUCCCGCCAUGUCACAAGCGCCCAUGCCCAGCGACAACCCUGCGCCCAAGCCUGCCGAUCCAGUUCAAAAGCAUCCAUCGGGCGAAGACCAGGCCUACCUCUCUUCUGGACCCGACUAUCAAGCUGCAAUACUGUUCCAUCACAACGCCGUUCGUGCGAAUCACGAUGCAGCUCCACUGAGCUGGGACUCCGCCUGCGAGGCAAAUGCGCGUAUUGCUGCUAGCAGGUGCGACUUCGAGCACUUCACCCCACAGGGCGCCGGCCAAGGUCAAAAUUUGUUUGUUGUCUCUGGCGACGCAUUCAACGUUACGGCGGGCAUAUCGGAGACCUGGUACCAUGGCGAGCUUCCCCAUAUGACACCUUGGUUUGGCAAGAGUGACCUGCCUCAUGAGGUCUUCGAGAAGGUCGGUCAUCUCACACAGAUGGUGUGGAAGGACACCACCAAAGUCGGAUGCGUCUCUCUUGACUGUGGUGGGGCCAUGACUGUCAACGGCAUAGGUUCGGCCAUGAACAAGUACACAGUCUGCAAUUACGCUCCGUCGGGUAACUACAAAGGGCGGUAUGCAGCGCAAGUCGCCCCUCCUAUCCCAUCUGCCAACAUUAUCGGCUGGGCAGACUAG